AUGACCUCCUCAACCACUACCAGCUCACCCUCUCCAUCGCACGUCUCUCAACCCACUGAAGGCUCAGGCAGCCAACGAGCGGUAGCGGAUGAUAAGCUGUCUCCGCCAUACCCCUACUCAUUGGAACCUUCACAACACUCUUGUCAGGAAGAUGCUCGGCAGCACCAAGACUUACACUUGACCCAGCUCAGAAAAUGGAGCCUUCUCCUCGUCUUUUCUCUAGCCUUGUUUAUCGAUCAGUGGUGCCUCGCCGCGUUCUACAUAUUCAUGACUCCCAUUGUCGACGAGCUCGACGUGCCUUUCUCUCAGCAAUCAUGGGUCAUCACCUCCUACGCCGUCACCUUUGCCGCCUCCCUUCUAUUCUGGGGUCGUCUAUCCGACCUGUACUCUGCCAAGCAGGUGUUCUCUUACGGCUUCUUUUCUUUGGGUGUGAUCAGCAUCGUCCUUUCCUUUCUCCCCGAAAAGUACUCCUUCUUCAUCUUUCGGGCCAUAUCGGGUAUCGCCGGAGGCACAUCUGUUCCCUCGGCUUUCCGUCUCAUUGCCGGUAUCUUUGAGCCACACGAGCUCAAGAAGGCAUUUACCCUGUAUGGCAUGGCGGGGGCUAUCGCGGCCACCACGGGCAACAUCGUGGCCGGUCUCCUUCAGCUCAUUCAGCCGACUGGACAGAUGGCUGGGUGGAGGUGGUUCUUCCGCUUGAUGGCGGUUCUCAUCAUUCCAGUCUCUAUCGGGUCUCUCAAGUGGAUCCCAAAAAUCAGGGGGCAUGAUGCGGAUGUAAAGAACAAGGGGGAGCGGCUCGACCUCAUCGGAUCUCUAUCAAUGCUCGUCGCCAUCGUCUGCAUCAUCCUUGCCCUCACUCUCGGCGCCACCAACGGUUGGGCCUCUGCCGGCUUCAUCGCCCCCCUCAUCAUCUCCUUGCUCCUUUUCCCAUUCUUCAUCUGGCACGAAUCCCGCUUACCCACCACCCAUGCCCUCCUCCCACCCCACUUCUGGCGAUAUCCCAACUUUACCCUCUGGAUCGUGUUUGCCCUGCUGAUCCAAGGUUGGUUCGCGGUGGAACAGCUGCCGUGGAUUGAGACAUUCAUCUCGGUAAAGGGAGAAUCGUCGUUGAAGGCGUCGGUGCGAAUAUUGCCCCAACCGAUUAUGGCUGUAACAGUCACCAUCCUAGCCGCCAGAUUCCCUCAGAUGACGGCACGUCCGCGUAUCACAGUCGCUCUGGGCUUGGGCUGUGCCAUAGGCGCCAACUUGCUCUUCAUCUAUGCCAAAGAUUACACCGGCCUUGGGUACUGGAAGUAUCUCUUGCCGGGCUACAUCAUCGGUCCUGGCGCCUGUAUGGCAUUGUUCAAUAUGAACAACGUUGGUGUCAUGACAACGGUCCCACCCGAGUCCGCCGGCGUCGCAGGAGCCGUCAUCCAAGUCUCUGUCCAGCUCGGUAACGCCAUCGCCCUCGGUAUUCAAGCCGGCCUCUUCACCGUCUUUCCUGAUGGUAUUCACAACUUUAAGAACCUGCAGGUGUCUUGGUGGGUUGAGCUUGGGUGGUGUGGGGUUUGGUUGAUCAUGUUUUUGGUGUUUUAUCGGGACCCGAGGAAGCAAGAGGUCGAAGAUGAUAUGGAGAAGGGUAGGGAGAAGGUGGUGAUGGGGCAUUAA